AUGGAGCCCCUACUACGCACCUCAUUCUCCCCAUCCCGCAAUGCCAUAGCAGCCGCCCGCCUCUAUCAAAAACGCACUGCAGCAUCAGCAGCAAGCAUCCGCGACCCUUUACCAUACCAUGACCUACCUCAUCCGCCGCCACCAUCAUCUCCCACCCCUCCCCUCCCCCCUACUCCUUCCCGUCCUCAUCCCUCCACAUCCCCCUCCCCCAACCGCAAACUCAAACCCCAAGAAACAAAACCCUUCUCCGCCUUCCUAACCGACACCUUCGCCCGCCAACACGACUACCUCCGCAUCAGCGUCACCGAACGCUGCAACCUCCGAUGCACAUACUGCAUGCCCGAGGCUGGGGUCCCGCUGUCUCCGCCCGCGCACUUGCUCACUACGCCAGAGAUCGUCUAUCUGUCGCAGCUGUUUGUGGCGGAGGGUGUGAGGAAGAUACGCUUGACGGGGGGUGAGCCGACUGUGAGGGGGGAUAUUGUUGGGUUGAUGCAGGAGAUUGGGAAACUUAGGGUCGGGGACGGGGAGGGGGGUGGGGGCAAAGGGUUGAGGGAGCUUUGUAUUACUACCAAUGGGGUCGCGCUGAAGAGGAAGUUGGACGCAAUGGUGGAGGCGGGGUUGACGGGGGUGAAUCUGAGCUUGGAUACGUUGGAUCCGUAUAUGUUCCAGGUUAUGACGAGGAGGAAGGGGUUUGAGGCUGUGAUGGGGACGGUGGAGAGGAUGUUGGAGAUGAAGAGGUUGGGGUGGAGCGGAAAGUUGAAGAUUAAUUGUGUGGUCAUGAGGGGGGUGAAUGAGAGGGAGAUCUUGAAGUUUGUGGAGAUGGGGAGGGAGAAAGAUAUCGAGGUUCGUUUUAUUGAGUAUAUGCCUUUUGAGGGGAAUAAGUGGGAGCGACGGAAGGUGCUGGGGUAUAAAGAGAUGUUGGAGGUGAUUGGGGAGAAGUUUCCGGGCGUGAGGAAGGUGAGGGAUGAGAAGAAUGAUACAAGUAAGACUUAUGAGGUGCCGGGAUUUGUGGGCAGGUUUGGCUUUAUCACGAGUAUGACGGAUAACUUUUGUGGGACGUGUAAUCGGUUGAGGAUUACGAGUGAUGGGAACUUGAAGGUGUGUUUGUUUGGGAAUAAAGAGGUCAGCUUGAGGGAUGUUUUGAGGAAAGGGAAUGAUGGGAGGCCGAUUGACGAGGAGGCUAUGGAGGCGCUGAAGAGAGUGGAGAUGGAUCGUAGUCAAAGCUCGCCUGGGUUCGCUGGACCUUUGGGUUACGGCGAGACAGAGAGGGAGUUGCUCGAGGUCAUUGGGAUGGCCGUGAAGAGGAAGAAAGAAAAGCAUGCUGGUAUGGGCGAGCUGGAGAAUAUGAAGAACCGACCUAUGAUCUUGAUCGCACCGCCACUCGGGCCGUAUCUUCUAGGCUCACGAGGUCUCGAUUCGCCGUCUUCACUAAGAGCCUUGCAUGUUCGUCGGAUACCAGGAGCUCAACAGAAGCUUCCUCACCUCAACUCUGGUGGUGAAGCUCGCAUGGUGGAUGUAAGUACAAAGGACAUCACGCACCGUGUCGCUCUCGCCAUUGGCUACGUACGAUUUUGUAUACCUUCAACCUAUUACCUAGUCCGUAAAUCUGCGUUGAAGAAGGGUGACGUACUUGCCGUCGCACGCGUUGCUGGCAUUCAAGCCGUCAAGAACACUGCCAGCCUCAUUCCCCUCGCUCACGCAGGUCUUCCCAUUGAAGGUGUGGAUGUCAGAGUUGAGCUCGCUAAGGGCAGUGAUCCUGCUAAGAAGUCACGGGAUUUGCUAGAUGGAUCAGCGCAAGAAAAGUCAUCUACGCGAGAAAAGAGUUCGACGGAGAACAAAGUCGAAGAUGACGUGGAGAAGAAGUUAUGGGCAAGAAGUUUGAUUGAUCAACCUAUCGAACCUUGUGGGGGCGUCAGGAUUGCAGUCGAGGUCAAGACGACCGCCAAAACUGGCGUGGAAAUGGAGGCGCUGACGGGGGUCAUGGGUGCCGCCCUGACGGUGGUGGAUAUGAUCAAGGGUGUUGAUCCUAAAGUCUGCAUCAGCAAUGUCAGAGUCGUCGGCAAAAUAGGAGGUCGGAGUGGAGGGUGGCUGCUUGGGCGCCAACUACAUGACGGAAGUCAGUCGCCCCUUGAUGCUGACUCAGUAGGCGCGCCCGCCGAAUGA